UUUAUUUUCAAGAGGCUGUUGCGCUGCUGCUUUCCCCUCCCACUCCUUCAGUGCGACAGCCUCGGAAGCUGAUGGAGAGACAGAAAGCACGCAACUGAAAAAAAUUCAGCUGUGGAAUCUGUGGACCAAAUGGUGUGAAUCCGUCUCAAGUUUCUUUCCUUAAUCACCAAUUGUUUCAGCAUUACGUAUUGAAUAAUGCAACCUUCUUCUACUGAUGUGAAAUAUCCACAGCUGUUCUCCCACUAGGUGUCAAAGGAAAAUUGCCUGGAACCAGACUUGUGCCUGCACUAUACAACGAACUCAUCCAAAUUAGAGACACAAGCCUUUACCUCCACAGAAUGCAGACCCUCCUCCCAUGUAGCCCACAGAUGACCUACAGCAUAAUGGAGCACUCCCCUGAGAUUCAUUAAUAUACACCACAGCAAAAAAAUUUGCCCCUUAUCACAUGGACACCUUCCAUGUUGCUGAGCUCUUUUAGAUGCACACAGGUUCUCUUCAACACAGAGACCAAGCUAAAGGACAUUUAUCUCCACCACAUGAGGACAGACAUGAAUUACCAUGUCAUUGAGCUACAGUUCUGGCCCACAGCAUAGAUACAGCCUGGUAUCAAUUAAGAGCAAGGCCUCUGGACGCAGGCUUCCUGGGCUUGCCUCCAGACCCCAUCCCUUACUAAUUGUAUCGCCACAGGUCUCUAACUUCAGAUAUCGUAGGCUAUCCAGCCUCUGGUUCGUGGCUGUCCAGGCAGUGUCAGCCACAGUACAAGAUGGAGAAAGGGCUGCAUGCGUGAUGUGCAUCUGCCACCUAGUGACCACACUGAAAUCCAAGAUGGCAGCUCCCAGAGGACACUGUGUCUGAGGUGCAGGACAGCAUUGACUGCACAGCGACCAAAGGACUGAACUCUGGGGCCUAAAACACCAGAGACUGUGUUUCCCAGGUUCCAGUAGGACAAGCAACAAGGAAAGCAGCAGGCUUGCAGGACUCUGAGACCUCACCUACCAAGAAGUCUUGUCAGUGGGAUCCAUUCACCCACAUUCCAGCUUAUAGUUCAGCCUGCCAUCUCCAGUUAAAUUCAUUAUGGCAUACUAUCCACACUUCAGCCUUUUGGAAGUUUGCCAGGAUGCUUUUGAAAUACAUGGAUUGGCUGAGGAAGAAGAGGAGGAUGAAGAGGAUGAAAUGGAAGAGAAGAGGGAAAAUAUGGAAGAGGAGGGGGAAGAAACAGAAGAGGAGGAGGAGGAAGAAGCAGAAGAGGAGGAGGAAGAAGCAGAAGAGGAGGAGGAGGAAGAAGCAGAAGAGGAGGAGGAAGAAACAGAAGAGGAGGAAGAAGAGGAAGUGGAGGAAGGGGAAUGGGAGGCCAUUGAUGGUGAUACCACAUUAUCUGCCUCUUUAAAAAUCACCAUACCCUCCUUCUGUCCUUCCCCACCUUACACUUUCUCAUCCAAUCUGAUGUGGGGCAAUCUAGAUGAGGUUGUAAGCUCUAUUGCCUGGAUGCCAACUAUUGUCCAGAGUCCCCAGAGCUUUUACAGCCCCACUUCAUGUAGCAACUUAGAUGAAGAGAAUAGCAGCCAAGAAGAAGAGACUUUAAACAACCUGAAGUUGACAGAUGGUUCUUCAUGGAGAAAACUCCAAAACCAAAAGGUGACUGAACUGGUAAAUUUCCUGAUCCUCAAAUAUAGAAUGAAGGAACCCAUAAAAAAAGUAGAAAUGCUCAGUGUUGUCACAGAAAACUAUGAGAAACAAUUCCCCAUUAUUUUUGAGGAAGCUUCUAGAUGCUUAGAGAUGAUUUUUGGUAUUGAUAUAAAGGAAUGUGAUCCUGUAAGCAGUUCUUAUGUCCUUACCAACUCACUGAACCUUACAUAUUAUGAAAUGGUAACUAAUAACCAGAGAAUGCCUAGAAAUGGCUUCUUGAUAGUUAUUCUGGGUGUGAUAUUCAUAGAGGGGAGCUGUGCUUCUGAAGAAAGUAUGUGGAAAUUCUUGAAUAUGAUGGGAAUAUAUGAUGGAGAGGAGCACUUCAUUUAUGGGGAGCCAAGAGAGUUCCUCACCAGAGAUUUGGUUUACCAAAAUUAUCUGAAAUAUCAGCAGGUGCCCAAGAGUUAUCCUCCACGCUAUGAGUUUUUGUGGGGUCCAAGAGCCUACUCUGAAACCACCAAAAUGAAAGUCCUCGAGUUUAUGGCCAAAAUGACAAGUAGGGACCCAACUCAUUUCUCAUGCUUAUAUAGUGAGGCAUUCAGAGAUGAGGGAGAGAGGGCCUGAGCCAGAAAGGGCCUCAUGGUUUAAUACCAUGUUAAUAACAGCAUGGGGCAGCCAAAUUUCUGGUUUUAAAGAGAACAGUUACCAUUUUAAGUAAGGGAAGAUCAAGGUUAGUCUGGCUAUGGGUUAGAACACAGUGUAAGGCAACUUUGUGUUCUGGUUCUAGACAGUGGUAGUUGUUUCAUCUUGUUUUUCCCCUUUUCCAUUUCUCUAAAGCUGGUCUUUGUAGUUGUAAGUGUGUUAUAUUACAUUUGCAAUGUCAGUUUAUGAGUACUUAUAAUUCUUUUUCUGAUUCAUCUGGUUUUGAGACAAUAUAGGGGAACUAGCUAUUCAAUGGUUAAUAUUUGUGUUUCUUUAAUACUUUCAGUCAACUCUAAAAUGUAUACCUAUAUUUGUCCUGUUUAAUAAAACAUGAAAGAUCAUAAUAAAUCUUACUAUCUCUG